UGGCCUGGAUUAGUGCAUGGUUAUAUCUAAAGAAGAGUUAGCAACACACAAACCAACAGGGAGAGAAGUAAAAACAGAUUAAGGAUGAGAACUAGCAGUAUCAACUUGAUGUUCUUUGUGGGAGCUGUUGCCAUGUGUUGUCUGUCAGUAGUUACAGCUGGUUCAGUUCAAUAUAGGGUUCGGAGACAAGAUACAGAUAAUUCAGUCAAUACCAGGCAUCACAGACCUAACAGCGGAUAUAACAGCGGUUACAACAGUGGUUACGGAGGCGGAUACAAUAAUGGCGGUUUCAACAACGGCGGUUUUAAUAACGGCGGAUUUAACAACGGGUUAGGAGGCGGUUAUGGUAACAACGGCGGAUUCAACAACGGCUAUGGAGGCGGAGGUUACAACAACGGCUAUGGAGGCGGAAUCAACAACGGCUAUGGAGGCGGAUUCAACAACGGCUAUGGAGGGGGAUUUAACAACGGCUAUGGAGGCGGAUACAUUAACGGUUAUAACGGCUAUGGUACAGGACUCUACGGUAAUGUUCUCAGAAAUGCUAACUCCGCUGACGGAACUAAAACUACACAGGAAACUGAAAAUUAAAUGUUUAGAUAAAUAAAAUUUAAAGAAAGAAAA